UCACCCCAUGUAUUAUAUCUAUGUAAAAAGCAUUAAGGAUUGUUAGUUAAAUGUCUGUUUGGUCUAGACUGUGCCCUGGUUAUCUGUGCCUGAGUAGCUGCAGUGGAUACCACUAUUUGCACAAACCAGCGGUUAGUCUGAGAAAUGAAUCAGUUUUCUGCCAAAGCACUGACCUCCUGCGAUUGAUUGACCUGGCGAGCUGCCCUCAGCUGACAACAGGCCAUAAAAAAGGGACUUCUGAGCAAAGGAGUGUCAUUAGACUGUGAACUGCUUGGAGCCAUGAGGGCGAUACUGUUGGCUGUGGUUUGCAUCCCAUUCAUCGUGGCUCUGGAACGAAUCCCCUUGAUUCGAUUCAAAUCUAUCAAGAAACAGCUGAAGGAAAAGGGAGAAUUAGAGGAAUUUUGGAGGAAUCACCACCCUGAUGUUUUUGCCCGGAGGUAUCUGCAUUGUUUCCCUGCAGAUAUUGCUUUAUCAGUAGGAACUACUUCAGAAAGGCUGUAUGAUUACAUGAAUGCGCAGUACUACGGGGUUGUGAGCGUCGGGACACCGCCCCAGAGGUUCACCGUCGUGUUUGACACCGGCUCCUCCAACUUCUGGGUCCCGUCCGCUUAUUGCAUCAGCGAGGCCUGCAGGGUGCACCAGAAAUUUAAGUCCUUCAAGUCAGAUUCAUAUGAGCACGGAGGGGAAGCCUUCUCCCUGCAGUAUGGCUCAGGACAGCUUCUGGGCAUUGCUGGCAAAGACACACUGCAGAUAAGUAACAUCUCCAUCAAGGGACAGGACUUUGGUGAAUCGGUGUUUGAGCCAGGAACAACUUUUGUCCUUGCCCACUUUGAUGGUGUACUGGGCUUAGGCUACCCCUCCUUAGCAGUGGGCAAUGCUCUGCCUGUGUUUGACAGCAUCAUGAACCAACGCCUGGUAGAGGAGCCAGUCUUCUCUUUCUAUCUGAAAAGAGGAGAUGACACUGAGAAUGGCGGUGAGUUGAUUCUGGGGGGAAUAGACCAUUCUCGCUACAAAGGUUCAAUCCACUGGGUCCCAGUCACUGAGAAAAGCUACUGGCAAAUACACAUGAACAAUAUAAAGAUCCAGGGCCGGGUGGCAUUUUGCUCCCAUGGCUGCGAAGCCAUCGUUGACUCGGGCACUUCCCUUAUCACCGGCCCCUCUUCACAAAUCAGGAGAUUGCAAGAAUAUAUUGGGGCAAGUCCAUCAAAUAUUGGAGAGUUUCUCGUAGACUGCAGAAGACUGUCGAGCUUGCCUCACAUAAGCUUCACCAUCGGACACCGCGAAUACAAGCUGACAGCAGAGCAGUACAUCAUAAAGGAGUCUAUUGAUGACCAAACCUUCUGCAUGAGCGGCUUUCAGUCUCUCGACAUCCCCACUCGCACUGGCUCGCUCUGGAUUUUAGGAGACGUCUUCAUGUCUGCAUUUUACUGUAUUUUUGACCGUGGGAAUGACAGAGUGGGAUUUGCAAAAGCUGUUCACAGGAAGGAUUACUACUGAGCUGUAAUAGCAUUAAUUCUGUCUUAGCUCAGGUUAAUGUAAUGAUCUUCAACAAUGUGAAGAAGAGCUUUUGCUGAAACUCUGGACCUAAAUGGGCAUUGUGUUGUCCCCAUCCAAGUUUUAAGGAAUUUGCAACGAUCCUUGUCCCAAAUGAUACACUGUGAUUAAAUAUCUAUAUGUUUACAAUGGA